AUGGCUGGUCUCGAACAAUCCCUUUUCCAACUAAAAUUUACAGCCAAGCUGUUGAAUAGGCAAGCCGCUAAGGCGGCUAAGGAGGAGCUUUCCGAGAAGGCGAAGACGAAGAAGGCAAUGAUGCAAGGUAACAGCGAUAUUGCCCAACUAUACGCACAGAACGCUAUUAGAAAAGCGAAUGAGAGAGUAAAUCUUUUAAGGUUGGCCUCCAGAAUUGAUGCUGUUGCUUCUAGAGUACAGACGGCAGUGACAAUGCGUUCAGUGACAGGGAAUAUGGCCCAGGUCAUUAGAGGUAUGGACAAAGCUCUUCAAACAAUGAAUUUGGAGAAAAUAUCUUUGGUUAUGGAUAAAUUUGAGAAUCAGUUCGAGGACUUAGAUGCCUCUACAAACUACUAUGAGUCUGCUACGAAUAACGUGAACGCUUUAACAACUCCUCAGGAGGAAGUUGAUGAGUUGAUGAGUCAAAUAGCCGAUGAAGCAGGAAUAGAAAUGAAACAGGGGCUUAAUGAAACGAAGGUGGAUAUCCAGUCGCCCCCUGUGUCUAACAUCAGCGAAGAGAAGGAGGAUAAGCUAGCGGAACGGUUGCGUGCUUUGAGAAAUUAA